UGACAUAACAUCUCCCUCACAGGCGCCUACAGGGCCUGUUGCAUCCUCGUGGACAUUCAGUUCACUGCUAACCAAUAGCCUCAUAGAAGCAAAUCUCAACAUGAGGCAUGACAUUUAUGUCGAUACCUAUCGCCGUUACAAGCGCGGCACUGCGAGGAUAGCUCAAUGGCUCGCCGUGGCCGGACGUCUUUGCGGGGCCGAGGUGGAACAGAAGACAAACACGGAUGGCAAAUACCUAAUGCCACUGUCGAAGUUUCGCGAACUCGCGAACGCCAUUGCGGAAUGUACAGAGCCAAGAAUUCAAGUUCGGCCGGAGCUGUUAGAUCUCCUGAGAGAUGUCAUCUCGCUACGACUUGCGGCAUGUCUCUUCUUUCGCAACAACUCAUCUUCCGAUGAGCUGUUCGAGCGAAGCAAUGAGGGGCAUCUUCAUACUAUCGAGGUGCUGCAGGAUGUCCUGACAACCUUAAUUCCUUUGGGAAGCGCCGAAUCGCAGCCAAGGGCGGCGAAUCUGGACAGCAACGUUGCCGAUCAUGCGGAAAUUCGCAGCAACAUAUUCGACACACUGGACCUUGAAGACAUUGCUGAGCCCGUGGUCCAGCAGGAGCUUACAAAAGCCAACAAGAACCGAAACUCCAGAGGACGAUCGUUCAAGCGUGGCAAGGUCAAGCGCAACGAUGUUGAGUUGGGAUCAUCGAAGGACGAGUUGAUCUUCAACCUCUUCUGCUUCUUCAAAGAUCUGCAUGACAUUCAAGCUUACCUCGGAAACCUGUGGCAGCAACACAAGGAUGGAGACGUACCAUUAACCACAGCGGCUGUGACGACAGAUUUGGCGUUCGAUUUCAUCAAGAAUAACGAGAACCAAAUGCUAGCCUCCGAGUGGGUUGAUGAGACAGAUGGAACUCGAAGGACGAUGAGAGAAGUAUUGGCGAGCAUGCAGAAGAAUCGUACCUCCUCAGCCGUGCCUCUUUACUGGAACUUCGAGAAGGAAGGAGGACUACUGAAUCACGGAUAUCUCGGUGAAUUAGUUUUCUCGCACGUUUCGGAUUUCAAUGGCGACAAACUCGCGAAUGGCAAAGCGUCCGACGAGGCUGUCCAGACCCGCAUGUAUCAAGUGUCCGAGUGGCUCUACACGCCAGCAUACAUCAUGCUCGAUCGCCUGGAAGCGUCAAGUACCGGGGCUGACAGCCUUCGUGGUGCGCCUCAGAACUCGUCGGCUUCCUUCACGAGAACGAACGGAGAAGCGGCCGUCAUCGCAGCGAGCGAAUUCGAGAAGAGGUUUGAAACCCUCGGGAAGCUUGGGCUGGAUCUGGUACAAAUAUACUGCACUGGCCUCCACGAAGCCUUGGCUUCCGAUAUAUGGACGAAAACUUUCGCUGAACUUAUGUCACCCUUAAAGCCGGAGACGAAGAAGAGAUUGGGUCCCCGGAACAACCGACAAUUGUGCAACACCAUCCCAGUGUGGUUGGCGUUCGCCACGACGGUGUACCUGGACGUGCGCACGCUGUUGGGAUCUCAGACCAGAGAAGCAUUCCAGGACUUAGAGCAAGAAAGCAAGAUGAUAUCCCGCACCAUCACGCAGAUGUUGCAGUGGGCGAAGCACCAUCCCGAACCUGCGUGGACGCAAUCACAUGUCGCGGCCAUGAUAUUAAAUGACCCGAUACGUGCUAUCAGAGAUGCCCCAGGCGGCAAGCUUCUGCCAAAGAGUCCACCUCAUCAUCUUAUGCGCACGCAUCCUCUACUGGCUGGCAUACGCAUGUUCUUCUUACAGCUCUGCAUGUGGGACGCGUCUAUCGGGAUGACGAAUAUUCAUGAUGGUAUUGGCCAGGCAACGCAUCUUUACGGUCUGGCAUCAACCAAGACGCCAGGGAUAUGGAAGGACAUGGAAUACUUACUGGGUCUUCACGACGAAGAGUAUCUAUACUAUGGCGGACGACCCAAGAACAUAUCCGAAAGCUGCCGCAAGUACUCACUGGCGUUAGGGAUGUCCGCACAAACAUCGGCAAAUCACACACACAGCGCCAGAAAGAUAUCUGCUCGAGGCUUCCAACAUGCUGUGCGGCAAUUACGACCUCACGUCAUUCCCAGCGACUUGCUCAAUCACAGAUACGAGGCCAUACGUAUGCGCAGUGGUCCUGCUGAAGGGCCACAGACGAAUCUACCCGCUUCAGAGCUACUGCUGGAGUUUCAGAAACGGCAACCGAAUGCAACACUGGACGUCGAGCAGGGUCAAUCUGCUCAUGUGGUGCCGCUGCUGUGUAUUGUGCAAAAGGCAUUAUCUGCAGACACCAAACACCUGGCAUUCGACUAUGUUGCCAUGCACCAACGCUGCUGGGCUGUCCUGGAGCGACUGCAGAUGGAACUUCGCGAGGAUCUUGCAUGGCUCGGCGGUCACACUGGCCAGAACUUGAUGAGGAAAGAUCAGAUGUCCUUGCGGAUCAUGGUGGGAGUCAUCUUCAACAGCAUCUCAGCCGUAUCCAAAAGCGGCUUGAACAAGAAGAAUGACAAUUUCGCGCGUCUGGCGCUCAACACCAUCGACAUCGUGCAAAGUAUAGCCGAGGAAGAAAGCUGCACCGGCUUAGAUGCAGUGAAAGACAGGCUAAGCAGCAGAUCUCUUCAAAGACCGCGAACAGACGAUGGCAUCAACGGCGCCGAACCUGAUGUCAAUUCUGAUGAUCUGGCUAUGCUCAAUGCCGCAUUGGACAUGGCGCCCGAACGAUCGCUUACAGAGGAACAAGUCAAAGAAGUACUCAAAAGAGCAAGCACAACACCACUAGACGAAUUUCCACCUCACACACAAGAGUAUCUCAAACACAUACAAGCUUCAGGCGGAGAUCUGUCCAAAGGUGUGCAAGGUGUUCUGCAAGGUAUAGAGAACAAAACCAGUCAAUACACACCCGAGCAGCAAGAGCGAGUUCUUCAAACGACAACUAUGAAAGAAUUACUCGAUCUCAUGAAAGUAUUUGAGCGACAAGCCGUUGAGGAAGUGACGUCCAUAGACGGCGCGGAAGAGAAGAAGAAGCGGAACAACAAAAACAAGAACAAAAAUCGUAAACUCAAGCAAAAAGAGAUGAAAGCUGCAGCAGCCACUGGCUCUACUCUUGUGUCAACACGCGCACAAGACGAAGAAGUUGAAGAAGUCGUCAGGCAAAAACCUCUUUCUGUAAAUCGAAAGAAUAUGACACCUGGCCAAAUUGCCGAGCAAGACUGGGAAGCCUACGAGCAGGCUCGGAAAGAGGGUAAGAUGAUUAUCGACGGAGAGGAAUUUGUUUACACUGGAAGGAAGACUGUAGAUUUGAGUCUUGAAGACAUUCUCAAUCCUGAAAAUCUUACAGAGGAGCAGUGCCAUGCUCUCAUGCAAUUACAGGAGAGUCUUGCGCGAGAAGAAAGUCAAGGAAAGAGGCAGUCACGCCAUCGUAGAGCAUAGAUGUAAUGACACUCAGAGCGAUGCUGUGUCGCGGCAACCAUCUCAUCAAUCUCAUACCGAAUUCAAGAUACAAGAACGAGGCACU